AUGGUGUCAAUUCACCCUUUGAUUCACAAGGUGGAACUCAAUGUGAGUUCAUUCCUGCCUCCGGUUCAUGUUCCCAAGGAAUUGUUGGCAACGAUCAAGAUUCCUAUGGAAUUGAUUCACCCUUUGAAGGACCUGUCAAUGGACUUCAUGAAAAUUCUGCCUAGAGUUCCUUUGAACUUAUAUAACCGUUUACCUUUAUGUCCGAUGUUUAAUAUGUCGCUCAAAAUAAUGAUGUGGAAUGUUCAAGGGGCAGGGAAGCAAGCCUUUCUUCCUACUCUUAGGGAGAUUAUUAGAAUUAAUAAUCCCAAUGUGCUUGCACUUGUGGAAAAUCAUAUUAGUGGUGAGAGAGCUCAAAAGAUUUGUGACAAAAUAGGAUUUUCUGGCCAAACUCGUGUUGAAGCUCAGGGCUUUAGCGGAGGGAUUUGGUUGUUUUGGAAGCAAGAUGAAGUGAGUGUUGUUCCUAUUGAACACCAUGGUCAACAUAUCACUGUGAAAAUUGCAAGGGUAGGUGAUGAUCCUUGGAUUUUCUCGGCUAUUUAUGCCAGUCCUGACUCGACUAUUCGUAGAGAUUUGUGGAGUGCAAUGGAGAAUAAUAAGAAUAACUUUUCUGGCCCGUGGAUCUUGGCGGGAGAUUUUAAUGAAACAAGAAAUAUGUCUGAAAGACAAGGUGUAGGGGGAUUCGAAAUGCAAAGAAGAUGUCUGCAAUUUAGCAAUUGGAUGGAGGAUAAUGACCUCAUAGACCUAGGUUACUCGGGUCCUGCGCAUACCUGGGCUAGGGGAGAGUCUUCCCAGACCUAUAAAUCUGCAAGGUUGGACCGGUUUAUCUCUAAUCAAGACUGGAGGUUGAAUUUCGAAGAGGGUGUUGUUCGUCACCUUCCGAAAGCUUUCUCAGAUCACUGUCCAAUUUUAUUGAGUACUUGUGGUUUCGCUCCGAUUCCUAUGUCUCUAAAGCCUUUCCGAUUCCAAGCGGCUUGGCUAACUCAUGAGAAAUUUGAAGAAUUUAUGGUGAAAUCUCGUUUGUGGGCUCGGUUAGAGGGGAUUCAGAAAGUGUUGGCUGAAAGAAGAGUGGACAGGUUGAUUGAACUCGAGAAAUCCUUAAAGCUUGAGAUGGAGCAAGUGCUACAGCAAGAAGAGCUUCUUUGGUUCCAAAAAUCGAGAUUAGAGGCUAUUAGAGAUGGGGAUCGAAAUACAAAAUUUUUUCAUCUUUCCACUGUAAUUCGAAGAAGGAGAAAUAAGAUAGAUAUGCUGCAAAAUUCUAGUGGGGAGUAG